AUGGAUCAAGACUAUCCCGCUAUUCUGCAUCCCAUCGCAACACUAGAAGGUCACGGUGACCGCGCAUGGCACGUCGCGUGGAAUCCAGUGAAACCCCUCCUCGCCUCAUGCUCCGCGGACAAGACGGUCCGGAUGUACGCAUACACCCCAUCUACAUCCAAGUUCUCCCACAUCUCCACGAUCCCAACCGGGCACGCGAAGACCGUGCGUGCGGUCGCGUGGUCGCCAUCCGGCGCGACGCUCGCCACCGCAUCCUUCGACUCCAACAUCGGCGUGUGGGCGCAGGAAGACGCGGAGGACGGAGACAGCGAUGGCGAGGGCGUGCUCAAUCCGACGAGCGAGUGGGAGUGCAUGAGCCUGCUCGAGGGGCACGAGACGGAGUGCAAGAGCGUCGCGUACUCGCCGUCCGGGAACCUACUGGCGAGCUGCAGUCGCGAUAAGACGGUGUGGGUUUGGGAAGUACAUCCGGAUCAUGACUUCGAGUGCAUGGGCGUGCUCAUGGAGCACACGCAGGACGUGAAGUGUGUAACAUGGCAUCCGACGGAAGAGAUACUCGCAUCUGCAUCCUACGAUGAUACCAUAAAGCUCUACAUCGAUGAUCCGCAAGAAGACUGGUACUGCUUCCAGACCCUCUCGGGACACGCUUCAACCGUCUGGUCCCUGGCAUUCUCUCCCGACGGCCGUUUCCUCGCCUCUGCGUCCGACGACGGCACAAUACGCUUUUGGGAGCGCGUUCAAGAGCACAAAUGGGAGUGCGUCGAGAUUCUCGAAGCUCACGAGCGCAGGAUAGGGUCCAUCAGCUGGGGCAAGGGAAAGCCUCUGAACGCCGGAGAAGAGAGUUUAGGCUGGCUCGCAAGCGCAGGCGACGAAGGCGCGAUCAACAUUUGGAAGAUCGGGGUCGUGCCCAGUGAGAAGGACCCGAGUCGAAAGGCCAUCACGCAUACACUCAUCGCGAAGUGCGUGCAACCACACGAUAUCCAUGAUGUGAACACCGUGGCGUGGUGUCCUCGUGUAGGUCUUGAAGACCUGCUCGCCACUGCAAGCGACGACGGUGUGGUCAAGGUAUGGAAGGUUGCCCCGUCGUAG